ACAUCUACGCAUUUCGUUUUUUUUCUUCUGGUGUGCGAUUCUCUUCGUAGUUUGCAUUUUUAAAGUCUCUCGAUUCUAUUCGAACAAGCGCUGUGCCCACAUGGGCAGCGUUCUAGCUUUGUCUUCUGGCCCAGGCCAUCAAAACUGGCCUUUUUCCACGGACCCUCCUCCCUCUCGCUGGGACACACAUCCUGCUCACUGGGAUAUUCCCCCUCGUUGGGAGAGAAAAGAUGGCCGCCUACCCAACCCAGGCAGUUUCCACUCAUUGCACAGAAGCUGCAAAGAAGUGUUUCCUCAGCAGGUUGAGGGAGUAAAGAUGAUUAUCAAUAAAACUCUGAGCAGCUUUUUUAAGACCCAACAGGACCAGUUUGUAACAUGGCAGUUUGAAACUGAGUACAGAGGCAAUGACUUCACAGCUGCUGUGACUGUGGCCAACCCAGACAUUCUGAGAGAGUCAGUGAUUCUUGUAGCACACUUCUUGCAGAGUGUGUCUUCUGGGUUGGUCUUAGGAGGGGAACUUGUUUAUCAUCGUGGGCGAGCAGAGGAAGGAGGCAUUCUCACUUUGGCUGGCCAAUAUUCAAGACCCAACUGGGUGGCCACGCUAAAUGCAGGGAAAGGGGGUGCCCAUGCUAGUUACUAUCACCGGGCCAACAAACAGAUCCAAGUUGGAGUGGAAUUUGAAGCCAGUACCAGGACCCAGGAAACCACUGCCUCCUUCGGGUACCAAAUGGAACUCCCAGAAGCAAACAUGGUCUUUCGAGGUAUGGUGAACAGUAGGUGUAUAAUAGGAGGAGUGCUGGAGAAGCGUCUUACUCCACUCCCUGCCACCCUCAUCAUGGGUGCCUUUGUAAAUCACCGGGGUGACAAGUUGCAGGUUGGGCUCGGCGUCAAUGUGGGAUAG